CCAAAUGACGGGUGGAGGUCCGUCAUCAAAUAACUCGUCUCAACCUGAAGAGGUAUGCUUGGUUUGUUCCGAUAUAUCAACUGGUUAUCAUUAUGGAGUUCCCUCAUGUAAUGGAUGCAAAACCUUCUUCCGUCGAACAAUCAUGAAAAACCAAACGUUUAGCUGCCAAUUUCAAGGAAAAUGUCCAGUUGAUAAAAGUAUCAGAUGUGCGUGUAGGCAUUGUCGAUUUGAGAAAUGUUUACAAGUUGGAAUGGAUCGAAAUGCAAUUCAACAGAACAGAGAUCCAAUUGGAUAUACAAAAAGAACACGAAGAUAUCCACCAAUUAAAAAAGUUGAAGCCAGUGAUGAGUGCUCACCUGCUAUGGUAUCUGAAAAUGAUCGCAGUGAAGACAAUUUCCUAACGUUAUUAUCAUCAACGGAACAAAAGUGUUGUGCACUCAGACUUGCAGAAUAUAUGCCAUCAAGAACCCUAAUAGAAGCAGUUGUAUCAGAUUGUUUACUUACAGAUGAAGUUUUUAUGGCUGAACACGCUAUUUUGUCACCGCGACACCGAGUAACAUCCCUCAGGUUUGCAAAUCAAUCAGAUUAUCAUUAUUGGCACGAACGAGACUGGUUUGUGAUGAUCGAAUGGGCAAAGACGUUGCCAGUUUUCCAAUCACUUCCAUUCACGGAUAAGCUUGCUCUUCUUCGACAUUCAGCCAUCACAUAUCCAUCAUUGGUUCAUGUAUUCAAUUCUCCAGAUCAUGGUCUUGACACGAUUGUCUUCCCAGACGGUGCCUAUUUUGACAGAACACCUGAACCAACUCGUCCUCUUGGAUUCAACAAAAAGAAGUAUCAAAUGCUUGAUCAAUUGUUGAAACCAAUGAGAUCAAUGGAAAUUGACAUGACUGAAUUUGCUGCAUUCAAAGCAAUUUUCUUUUUGAAUCCAGACGCUGAUGAUGUUGAUUCGAAUGCAAAAAAGACGUUGAGUGAUGGAAGAAGUGCAAUUACAAAUGCUCUUUAUCGGUAUAUGGUCAAGAAAAAAGGAGCAGAAGAUGCUGGGGAUAGAUUCGGACGUCUUCUUCUUCUCGGUACUGUCCUCGCCACAAUGGCUGUUGAAAUGAAAGAAGCAGUUCUUGUUGCUGAUUUCUUUGAUCAAAUCCAAUUUUCGACGUUUGCCAAACAACUUUUGUUUGGAAUCAAGACUGAAUAGGUUAUGGAAACAGUUUCCAUUAUCGUCAUAGCGUAUCCAUAAGUAUAAUUUCAUUCCCAUAUCUGGUAAUAACUCUUUCUCUACAUUUUGUCGAUAUCCAUCAACUGUGCCUUACCGUUUUACAAAUCAGUGAUAUUUUAUUUCCAACUCAUAUUAAUUCUAAUCACACCAUGAAUUUAUUGUUGCCAACGGGUCAAAAUCUUUCAUCAUCAUCUAGAAAAUGUUCAUCUUCUACACCUCAAGUUAUUUUUUUAAUUCGCCAAAUUUCCGAUUAUUUUCCAUUGUGAUUUGCAAUAUACCGAUUUGUGGUUUUUAAAAAUUGAAUUCAUAUAUAAAUACUUCGAAUUUCUAAAA